AUGGCGGCGCCGUCGGCAGCCAUGCGCAGAAAGCUGCAGCGCAAGUUCCGGCUGCGGGGCUUCACCCUCAAGGUCGACGCCCUCGAGGAGGCCGCCGCCUUCCUCGACCGCUUCCCCGACGCCGAGGACGACGCGCUCGACCUACUCCUCGACGAGCUCGACAAAGAGCCGCUGAAAUCAUCUAUACUGGAUCGGGACGCCGUCCGGCGUGUGGUGUCUCUGCUCGUCGAGGCGGAGGAGGCGGUCGAUGCGGCGUCGCCGGCGGCCACCAGCGCGCGGUCGGCACUGCGGGUGGUGGACUCCUUCGUUGUGCCUCGCUUCCACUACGACCCAAUCAAGAAAGUGUUCUACGAGCAUACUGGAAGAUUAUCCAUCCAUGGAGAAGCUGGAGAUAAAGCUGCCCUGUACAGGGACAGAUAUCAAGUGCUGCUUCAGAGGCUCGCUCGUGAUAAAUAUUUCUCGAGGCCAGCUUUUGAGACUGUUAUGACUGAAAAUGAUAGUUGCGAGAUAACUUCUAUACAAUCUUUAAUUGGGUGCACUGGACGGAGAUGGAUUAUGGGAGUCAUAUCACAAUUGGAGGAACGCCAGUUUUACUUGGAAGAUCUUACUGGAGCAGUGCCAAUUGACUUAGCAAAUGCAAAAAUCACUUCAGGUUUCUUUGUUGAAAACACUGUAAUUGUAGCAGAAGGUGAACUGCUUUCGAAUGGCAUUUUCCAGGUCAAUACAUGUGGGUUUCCGCCUUUAGAGGACAGAGAGGCAUCACUUUCACUCCUUAUGGGACUUGAUUUCUUUGGUGGAGGUGUCAUACCAACUGAAGAAACACUAAGACUAUCAUCACUAGAAAAUAAGGCUGUGAAUGACAUGUUUGUCAUACUUUCAGAUGUUUGGCUGGACAAUCCUGAGACUAUGGAGAAGUUAGGCAUUGUCCUUGAUGGCUAUGAAAGUGUGGAAGUGGUUCCUUCUCUCUUUGUUUUAAUGGGCAAUUUCUGCUCUCAGCCCUGCAAUCUGGCAUUCAAUUCAUUUGAAGAACUCAGAUUGCAGUUUGGGAAGCUUGGUGAAAUGAUCGCAGCUCGAACUAGGUUAAAGGAACAUAGUCGUUUCUUAUUUGUUCCUGGUCCUGACGAUGCAGGACCUUCGAAAGCUCUCCCAAGGUGCGCACUCCCGAAAUAUCUAAUUGAAGAACUUCAGAAGCACAUCCCAAAUGCUAUAUUUGUAAGCAACCCCUGCAGGGUGAAGUUUUAUACACAAGAAAUCGUGUUUUUUCGGCAAGAUCUCCUUUACAGGAUGCGGCGGUCAUGUCUGAUUCCACCAACAAUGGAAGAAACAAGCGACCCAUUUGAACAUCUAGUAGCAACUAUCACCCACCAGAGUCAUCUGUGUCCAUUGCCUCUUACAGUCCAACCUAUCAUAUGGAACUAUGAUCAUUGCCUUCGGCUGUAUCCAACUCCUCACACGAUAGUAUUGGGUGACAAGAGUGAGCAGAAGGCCUUCAAAUAUACAGGAAUCACUUGUUUCAAUCCUGGUUCUUUUGCCAAUGACAGCACUUUCGCAGCAUACCGUCCUUGCACUAAGGAGGUUGAGCUUUCUGCAUUAGAAAGCUAAUGCGGAAAGCGAGGCAAAUGGAAGCUGGAACGUGUAACACCCAACUUGGGGUCCAAACCUUUGAUG